AUGUUUCUUCGCUCCAUCGCUCGCGCUGCUCCUCGCAGCCCGGCUGCCAUCCGCGCCGGCCCAAUUGCCUCUGUGAACGCCAUCCAGGCUCGCUUUGCUUCCGAGCACGCCAUUGCCAACCCUACCAUCGCCAGCAUCGAGAAGCGCUGGGAGGGCAUGCCCCCUCAGGAGCAGGCCGACCUGUGGAUGUCGCUCCGUGACCGCAUGAAGGUCGACUGGCACCAGAUGACCCUCCAGGAGAAGAAGGCUGCCUACUGGAUUGCCUUCGGUCCCCACGGUCCCCGCGCCCAGGCCCCCAAGGGUGAGGGCUGGAAGAUCUUCUUCAAGGUCACCCAGCUCACCCUCGUCUCCUUCGCCCUCUUCUACGCCAUCCACCUCUUCGCCAAGCCCCAGCCCAAGACCAUGUCCAAGGAGUGGCAGGAGGCCUCCAACGAAUACGCCAAGGCCGAGAAGAUGAACCCCAUCCACGGCAUCAGCAAGCCCGGCUACGAGGGCAAGGGUUUCGUCCAGAGCCCUCCCCUUGAGAAGCAAUAG